UGCGACUUCCGGUCCGCCUCCCGAGGCAGGAAGUGCGGGUUCCGCAGCUCUAGCGCUGCAGCCCAGCCGCAGCCCCGCGUUCUUCCCCUCGUUCGUCUCGAGCAGGCAGUCCGGCUUCUGGUGCUGGUGUUCGGCCGCGGAUUAAACCGCCACCAUGUCUAGCAAAAAGGCAAAGACCAAGACCAAGAAGCGCCCCCAGCGCGCCACCUCCAACGUGUUCGCCAUGUUUGACCAGUCACAGAUUCAGGAGUUUAAGGAGGCCUUCAACAUGAUCGAUCAGAAUAGAGAUGGUUUCAUCGACAAGGAAGACUUGCAUGAUAUGCUUGCUUCUCUAGGGAAGAAUCCAACCGAUGCGUACCUUGAAGCCAUGAUGAAUGAGGCUCCAGGGCCCAUAAACUUCACCAUGUUCCUUACCAUGUUUGGGGAGAAGCUGAAUGGCACAGACCCAGAAGAUGUCAUCAGAAACGCUUUUGCUUGCUUUGAUGAAGAAGCAACUGGCACCAUUCAGGAGGAUUACCUGCGAGAGCUGCUGACCACGAUGGGAGAUAGGUUUACGGAUGAGGAAGUGGACGAGCUGUACAGAGAAGCACCUAUUGACAAAAAGGGGAAUUUCAAUUACAUUGAGUUCACACGCAUCCUUAAACAUGGAGCGAAAGACAAAGAUGAUUGAAAAGAACUUGAGCUAAAACUUUCCAAUUACUUUGUCUUACUGUUUUAUUUCCUAGACACUUCCCCCUCAUAGACCUGGUGCAUGCAAUUUAGUUUCGCAGCUUUGCCUCUUUUUCAGUGUAUUUAUUCUAGACCUUUCUGCCACUUAGCACUUGUAUAAUCAGACUGCAAAUGGGUAUGAGGUUGUAAAUUGUAUUGAGAAAAGGGAUUGCGAAUAAAAAUCAACAAAUGUGAAAGCCCAGGAAAAUAUAUCCAGUAUUUCUGGUUUUGCUGGAUUUUUACAUUUUUAUAUAAUAAAAAUGCUAUUUUGAAAUAAA